AAGCAAAGAAAAAUAUGGGUUGUGGAUCAUCGAAAAAUUCAGGAGAUCCUGAAGCGGAGAAGAUUGAUUGGAAUAAUGAUGCUUCUAUUGAUGACGAAUUUAAAGAAGAAGAAGAAAAAGUUAAGACUAAAAGAAAAGUUUUUGAUAAGACCACUAAAACAACAGUAGAAGUGGAUGCACCAAAACAUGAGCGUGAAUUUGAUUUCUUUGAAGGAGCUGAUGCAGGAGCUGGAGAACAAUUCAUGGCUGUGAGACCAUAUGAGGGAGCUAUUCAAGAGCCAGAAGAACAUAAUGAGGAAAAAGAGGAUGCUCCAGAACUAGGAUACGAGCUUGAGUAUGUGUAUGGAUACAGAGCUGAAGAUAGUAGAAUGAAUUGUUUCUACAAUGAGGAUGGAAAUGUGGUCUAUUUCACAGCUGCUUUAGGCGUUAUUCUUAAUAAAAGUGAUAAUACCCAGAAGUUCUUUGGUGGAGGGCAAGUUGACAAUACUUCAAAGAAAGUUGCCAGGGAUGAUCUUGGCCAUACAAAUGAUAUCACUGCUCUGGAUAUUUCUGAAUAUGGAAAAUUUUGUGCAACUGGGCAAUGAGGAUCAGUUCCUGUGGCAUUUGUUUGGGAUGCAGUUACUGGCGAAAAGAAAUCAAAAUUCAAGUUGAAGAAAGGAAUGAGAGAAGUUACGGCUAUUGGGAUAUGUCCAAAUAACAAAAUGGUUGCUAUGACCGAUAAUAGCAACGAUCAUAACUUGUGGGUGUUUGAUGUAGAUACUCAAAAGAAAAUUGAAUGUAAAAAGACAGGAGGACAACGCAUCUAUCAUAUAGCCUGGUCUCCAGAAAAAGGAGAAAAUGUGAUUGCUACUGCAGGUUCUAAACAUAUUGCUUUCUGGGAUAUGAAUAACACUUUCAAAGAGAGGAGUGGAAUCUAUGGUAAAAAGGGAAAGCCAACUUCUCAUUGCGCAGUUGCUUGGGAUGAUCAAGGAAACUGUUAUACUGGAGGAGCAAAUUCUCAUAUCUAUCACUGGGCUAAGAAUAUUAAAGCUGAUGGUGAACCAACAGAUAGGUUAUACUUACAGAGUCAUUAUGAUGUACAUGGAAGAGGAUUUGUGUGAGCAAUCAAAUGACAAGAAGGAAAAGUUAUUUCAGGAGCUAAAGAUGGAAAAGUGGUAGUCUCGAAUCCAAAAACCAAAGAAGCUGAAAGAACUAUUGAUGUUGGUUCCUUAGUAAGAUCAGUGGAUAUGAAGGGAGAUAGCAUUCUUGCUGGUUUAAGGAAUGGUACUAUUGUUGAGAUUACUGCUAAUGAUCAAAUCACUGAUCUAAUGAGAUCUCAUAGUGAUGGUGAGGCUUGGGGAUUGGAUAUUAAUUCUAAUGGCACAAUUGUAUCUUCUGGAGAUGAUAAUAAAAUAUAUACCUGGAGUAUCAAAGACAGAAAGAAUACUGGUAGUGGAGAAAUUUGUGACGAAGAUUCUGAGCCAAAGAAAGGAGGAGCAAGUUCAUUGACUACAUAUGCUCCAAGCAAAUGCGCGAGAGCAAUCUCUAUCAACGAGAAGGGAAAUGGGCAUGUUGCUAUUGGACAUAACGAUGGUAGAGUCACUAUCAGAGGUGGAGUUGACGAUUUGAAUAAAAUUGUUCACACUUUGAAAGAUGCAGAGGAAUGGAUUGAAGUCAUUGAAUAUUCACCAUGCGGAGGAAAGAUGGCGGUUGGGUCACAUGACGAUGAUAUCUAUGUCUAUGAUACAAAUGAUUAUAAGCUUAUUGGAAAGGGAACUGCUCAUAACUCGUUCAUCGUCUCAAUUGAUUGGAGUGAAGAUUCUUCAUACAUUCGUUCUGUAUGUGGGGCGCAUGAAUUGCUAUUUUUCACAGUUCAAGACAAUAUUGAACAUGAUAAUAGUGGAGCAAGCAACACUAAGGGACUCAAAUGGAAUACAAGCCAUGCCAAAUUUGGAUGGAGCGUGACUGGGAUCUUUCCAAAAGGAACCGAUGGUACCCACAUCAAUGAUGUUGACUUUUCAAAUGAUGGUGAACUGAUUGUUACAGGAGAUGAUUAUGGCCUUGUUAAUGUAUGGAGAAAUCCAGCACGUAAAGGAGCCAAACCUAUAUCUCUUAGAGGUCAUUCUGAGCAUGUCAUAAGAACAAGAUUUGCAGAGGAUGACAGCUACAUAUUCUCCAUUGGUGGUUACGAUAAGACCAUUAUGCAAUGGAAAAGAAAAUAAUCUUCAAUAGCCAUAGAAUUCAACAAAGUUCCAC